CCGGGGGCACUGUGGGUGCUGUGGGCACAACGCUGGUGGCUGUGCCGGAUGUGACCCCCGGUCCUGGCACUGCCACGUGCGCUGGCACCGAUGGCUUGGCUGUGGCUCCUGGUCCUGCUGGCCCUGGCCAGGCCCGUGGGUGGCACUGGGGACACAUGCAGAACGACCUGCGGGCUCCAGCCCAUGGCUUCCGACCACAACUCGAUGGCUUCUGCCAACGGCAUGUCCCGCGUCGUGGGUGGCACCGGUGUCCAGCCGGGGGCCUGGCCUGGCAUCGUCAGCAUCCAGGCCACCUGGAAGAAUGGCACGUGGCACAUGUGCUCGGGUGUCCUCCUCAGCUUCCAGUGGGUCCUCACGGUCGCCCACUGCUUCAUCAGGGCCGGGGAUGUCUACCGGUGGGACGUGGUGAUCGGGGCCACGGAUCUGACUCAGCCGGGCCCCGAGGCCAAGGUGAGGCACAUCCAGAGGAUCCUGGUGCACCAGCACUACGUGGUUGCCACGGCAAGGAACGACAUUGCCCUGCUGGAGCUGGACCGGCCCGUGGAGUGCAGUGACUACAUCCAGCUGGGCUGUGUGCCCGACACCUCGGUGAGGGUCUCUGAGCUGAAAUCCUGCUACAUCGCGGGAUGGAGUUUCGCCACACCAGGAGGUGAGGCCCUACAAGGACAUGUACCCUGAGGCUGUGAUGGGCAC